AUGGAUAAGAGUUGGAUGCAUAAGUCAAGAUUGUCUAACGAGUAUGCAAAAGGAGUGGAGUCAUUUCUUGAUUUCGCAUUUGAUAAGUCAAGUGAAGACAACAUGAUUGUUUGUCCUUGUGUAAAGUGUGCGAAUGUUCAUUGGCACACGCGAGAAGUAGUGGAAGAACAUUUAAUGUGUGAUGGAAUCCUACGGGGUUACACUUGUUGGUUCUUCCAUGGGGAGCUUGUUCCUUCUUCAACAUCUAAUUUGGAUAACAUAAUCACAAUGCCUCCAAGCACCACUCAACCUACUUCAACCUUUCAUAGUAGCCAUGGUGCCAUGGGAGAAUUGUUACGUGAUGCUUUUAACAUCCGUCAUGAUGUUCAUGGGGGCAUUGAACCUAAUAUUGGAGAUGUUGUCAAUGAUGAAGCCGAAGUCCGGGGAUGGGGGCGGGAGUCGAAGCAACUAUGGGUUGGUGUUCAGACAUAUGAUGCAUCAAGGAAACAGAACUUCAAUUUGCGAGCUGCUCUAAUGUGGACAAUAAAUGAUUUCCCUGCUUAUGCAAUUUUAUCUGGUUGGAGCACGAAGGGAAAGUAUGCUUGCCCUUGUUGUGCUGCAGAAACAACGUCGAGAUGGCUAUCCAAUGGACAAAAGUUUUGUUAUAUGGGACAUCGGCGGUGGUUAGCAAAAGAUCAUCCUUAUAGGCUCCAAAAACAUCUAUUUGAUGGUACUUUAGAGCUACGUGAGGCUCCUUUAUCUACAAGUGGGUCAGACAUCUUGUUGAUGUUAAAUGACGUGCAAUAUAGCUAUGGGAAACGAAUAAAACAAAGGCUAAGAAAAUCAAAGGCUUCUAGUAGCUCAAAGAAAAGACAGAGGCAAGAAUCCAAUUUUCAAGAAGAUAGUGUCAUGGACAAGGAAGAAGAUGAAUCACAAGAAGCAGAUUUGUGGAAAAAGAGAAGUAUAUUUUUUGAUUUACCAUAUUGGGAGCAUCUCCUUCUGCGGCAUAAUUUGGAUGUGAUGCACAUUGAGAAGAAUUUAAAGAACUAUGUGCGGAACAAGAGAUAUCCUGAAGGUUCUAUUGCCGAAGGUUAUUUGGCAGAGGAAUGUGUGACCUUUUGUUCCCGAUAUCUGGAAGAUGUUGAAACAAUAUUUGAUAAACCAUCAAGGAAUUUGGGAGAAGUUCAUGAUGAGGCACUCGGGGGACCUUAUUUAUUUCAUAGUCAUGGACAACCAAUAGGCAAAUUUGAAAUUACAGAAUUAGAUGCUAAAUCAUUGGCACAAGCACAUCGAUAUGUCUUAUUACACCAUGACGUUACUGUCACACUACAAUCUGAGUACAAGAAUAUCUUAAGACAACAAAUGCGUGCUCGCCGUUCAACCGCUCGUGAUGUUGAUAUGCAAUUUACUAGGACCUUUCAUGAAUGGUUGGCCGAAGUUGUUUCUCGUGGAAGAAAUGUGACCGAAGAAGUUAGGUUCCUUGCACAAGGACCAAACCGAAUUGUUAAGCGAUACAAAGGAUAUAUCAUCAAUGGAUUUCGCUUCCAUACCAAAUCUCGUGAGAGAUUAAGGAGGACUCAAAAUUCCGGAUGUGUUGUUACUUCUUCAACAGUGAGUUAUGCUAGCGCAAGUGAUGCGAACCCCGUGCAAGGAAAUGUUGACUAUUACGGGAUUUUGAAUGACAUAAUUGAGCUAGAUUAUUUUCAAAAAUUCAAAGUUGUGUUGUUUCGAUGUGAUUGGGCUGAUGUUACUAAUAGUCGGGGUAUCAAGAAAGAUAAAUAUGGAUUUACCAUGGUGAAUUUUUCUAGAUUAAUCCAUACAGGUGCCAAUGUCAUUGAUGAGCCUUAUGUAUUUUCAUCACAAGUGAAGCAAGUAUUCUACAGUAAAGAUCUCACCGAAUCUGGAUGGUAUGUUGUGAUACGCAAUCAUGCUAGGGAAGUGUAUGACAUGGGUGAUGAAUCGACAGAAAGUGGUCCUCGAACUAAUUGUUUUCCUACUAGUAGUGAAGGGAUUUUAUCUUCUAACGAUGAUGAGCAAUGGGUUCGUGAAGAUGUCAAUGAGGAUGUAUAUGCAGCUUAA